CGUCCCCCACAAAUCGGUGGAUCUCGUUCGCGUGAGGAGCUCAGCGCUCCGUUUAGCGGCAAAUUGAAAAGCCAAACCUCAUGCCGAAACAGUUCGUUCAAAAUCGCCGCUGCAAACCGUAAAAAACACCUUCUACGCAAAAAUACGCAUAAAUUACGAGAAAAUAUAGCCACAAAUAAAAAUGUGUAAAAAGCUGUGUUUAGCUCAUUAAAAUAUAUAUUGUUUAUAAUCCAACGGGAUGCUAGAAGGCUGCUAAAAAUAUUUGCCGUGGGUGUUUGUGUUUCUUGUUGUUGCAAUAAGCCCACCAAUUUUUGCCAAAAGGGGCGUGGGAAUUUCAUCGCGCGUGUAUUGGUGUUUUGUGUAUAACAUGGAUAUGAAAGAAUUUCGCAAAUGAAUCCUUAUUGCAACAAAUUACAGUGCUGUAUCGAUAAACACGACAAAUUUAGAAAAACAUCAAAAUAAAGCUAAAAGAAAAAGUGUAAAAAAAAAAACAAGGAUAAGGCAUUAGUCAUCCCUGGCAGCGACGUUGACUGCGCAGUCAGCAGCGCAUCCUGACUGCUGUGCGUGUAUGUGUGUGUGUGUCUCUCUCUCUAUUUUUGAAUUUCCGCCGGUUUUUGCAGAGCAACAAAAGCAACAGAGAGAGUAAGAACCCAAACAACAACAACUUGUUUGUUUGAUUCCUGAAAGUGAGGAAAGAAGGGUGCAGGAUGGAGCGGAAAUUUACGCGCGGUUUGAACAAGCUCGGCUCGGCGGGUCAGAUGCGAGAGAAUGUCUCUCAGCUGGUCAGAGAGAGUGCGGUUUUGAUCAACUGCACUGGCCGCUAUCAGCGCAGCCUCUCCAUUGCGAACAAGCCACUCGUCGUGGAGCCAAUCGACUUCGAAGCCUUUAUAGCCAAAAAUAAAACUGUUAUCCAAAAUGACCCGCAGAGGGAGCUGCUCAUCUAUCCCGCCGAUGAUGUCUCGGAGAUCAUCAUGCCGCGUAAGCAGCGAAGCAAUGCCAAAUCCGUGGCCGACCGAUUCGAUCCUCCCAAUGAGGCGAUCGUGUGUCCCCUCCAUGGACCCUCCAUUAUUGCCAAUGGAAAUGGACACAGUCAAGUGAGUCGGCAGGGGAGUAUACAGUCAAAUGGGAGCCACCAGAAUGGUAAUGGCAAUGGACACACUAGCAGCAGCAGUAGCAGCAGCCUGACCAAUUCCAAUGGCCAUGACCAACUGUCGAGGAAGAGUUCUCAGUGCUCGAAUGGCUCCUCCAGUCACAAGGAUACCUCAUAUGAGUCAGCCCUGUCCUCGAUCACCCUUCGUUCCAACUUAGCGCAGCCGGAGGAGAUCGAUGAGUAUGCAGAUGAUGGCCAUGGCGAGGACAUAGUCGAUGGACAGCCAAACGGUUCGAGAGCAGAAUGCACCCGAUUCACAAGGCAGGCUCUGUACACCUACAGGGCGAAGAAUCACUUGAUUCACUACAAGUACAAUGCCUACGGCGGAAACUGCCAUGAUCUUCCCAGUAUCUCACCUGCUGAGGAACUGCUGGAGGAGGUCUACGAAAUCGAUGCCGAUCAGGAUAGGAUUGACGAACAGAUGACUCGCUCUCAGGCGGAUACCAUUACCAAACAGGGCUAUCUCCUCAAAGGACCCGACUCGGCCUCAGAUCGAAUGUUUGCCAAUAUUGGCAACAAGUCCUUUAAGCGCCGCUACUGCUAUCUGCGACAGGAGAUUGAUGGCACCUACAUACUGGAACUGCACAAAGACGAGAAGCAGGGCGAAGCCAAGGCCACUAUAGUCAUGGACUUCUGUACAGAUGUGGUACAGAAUCCCAAACGUGGUCGCUUUUGCUUCGAACUACGCAUGACGACGGGCCAUAAGUCCUUUACCUUGGCCGCCGAGAACGAACAGGACUUUAAGGACUGGCUAAGCAAAAUCUCCUCAGUUUUGGCCCAAAAUCGGGCACAAGAGGAGAAGCGAAAUGCUUCGCUGGAGCGCCAACCAUCUAUCGGUUCGAAUCCAAGUCCCCAACUCCAGCCACCUGCGAUGGAACCCCCCACCUUUGGUACCCUAAAAGGUUUGGAUCAAUCACUGCACCCCCAAUUGAUGAAGUAUGGCAGGGAAACGGAUCACUCGAUAGCAUUGGCCAGAAGGGAGCAGCGCCGCAGAUUGUUUGCCUGUUAUCAGUCGCCAGCCAAGAGCAGUGGUACUGAUAACGUGGAGCAGUAUCGAGAGCACUUUGGCACGCGGUUACUGCUUACCUGCCACAACCUACGCUUUCGGCUGCAAUGCAUCCCGCAGGAUGAGGUCUCUGCCGGAGGAGUUGAACAGCAAGUGGAGCCCUAUAUCACCAGUCUGGCUUUGUACGAUGCCAAGGCGAAUCGGAAGCUGAGCGAGAACUUCUACUUCAACGUGAAUGAGCAUUGGGCAGCCCAGCUAUUACCGAACACACCAGUUCCUUCGUCUGUGGCAGGUUGUGGAGUGCCCAGAAGGUCGGCGGAGGGCGAUGAUAGAAGCUCCGCCUCCCAGGCACCUCACUCCCUGUUCGAUGGAGUCUCCGCCGAGUUGCUGCGAUCAAAUCGCCAGCAAUUCCAGCAGCUGAGACAGUGUCUGCUGUCUGUGACAGCCCCACAUGCCGAUAUAUAUUUGGUCGUGCGAGUGGAAAAACUGCUGCAAUCUGGCAUAGCCCAAGCUGUGGAACCGUAUCUGAAAGCUGGCAAGGAUCCCAAGCUGGGUCAGAAGGUCUACAAAGCGGCCAAGAGCUGUGCCCAGCACAUCGGGCACUACAGGCAGCCCUUCGCCUGGGCAGCAAGGCCGCUGUUCAAGCAGUACAGCCACGAACUGGAUGUUGAUCCAAAGAAGGAGUUCGAAUUUAGUCCCAUUUAUCGUCAAGAAUUACCCAAACUGAAGGACGAGGAACUGCUAAAGCUCUUGGUUGACUAUCGCAAACCUGAAAAGCUGAGCAAACUAACUAUCAUUCCUGGUAGCCUAAAGAUGCAGAUGCAGUUCCUGGACCAAACCACACCCUGCGGCCUGAGCAAAUCGCUGGCUCCGUUGUCCACUUUCAGUCCAUCUUCCAAGCAAUCGCCGACUGUUGAGGUGGCCGAGUUCCAGAGCCAGAGUGAAAGGGAUGCUCAUCCGUAUACGAGUUUCUGCAACCACCUCUACGUGUAUCCCCUCAGUUUGCAGUUCGACAGUCAGAAACUGUUCUCACGGGCCAGGAACAUCACGGUAGUGGUGGAGCUACGUGAUGGCGAUGGGGAGUACAGCAAGCCUUUAAAGUGCAUCUAUGGUCGCCCUGGCCAGGAUCUUCUAGUGUCUCAGAUAGCCUGCCCGGUGCUGCAUCACAAUGUGACGCCCACCUGGUACGAGGAGAUAAAACUGCGUCUUCCAUUGGGACUGUUCCCGGAACACCAUCUGCUCUUCUCCUUCUACCAUGUGUCCUGUAAUCUGAGCAAGAAGAGAGAUGCGCAUGCGGCUUUUGAGACCCCUAUUGGUUAUGCCUGGCUGCCAUUGCUCCAGAAGAAUCGGAUUUGCUUGGAGGAACAACAGCUACCGGUGGCUGCCACUUUGCCAGUGGGCUACCUCUCCAUUCAACCCCUGGGUUGGGGCAAGGGGCAGAACUGCGGUCCGGAUAUCCAGUGGAUCGAUAAUCAGAGGAAUCUAUAUACAGUGGGAUUACGUCUGGACUCCACGGUUCUGACGGCGGAUCAGCACUUGCAUAACUUCUUCGCGCACUGCGAGAGAUUGCUGGAGGGAGGAAAAACUGGAGCUGUGCCGGCGGAAACGGAAACCUGCAAGAUCCUGAAGGCAGCCCAUGCCAUUGAUAUGAAGUCGCUGAUAAACUAUUUGCCGACGCUCCUGAAUGAGCUCUUCACUCUGCUGGUUCACACGCAAUCCGAAGAAAUCGGCUUGAAUGUUAUCCGCCUGAUAACGAACAUUAUCCACUUGAUAAGCGAUCAGGCCAAGAGACCCGAUCUUUUGGGAGCCUAUGUGAAAUUCGUAUUCCACGCACCUUACUACAGCCAGCAAACGGCUAGACAGAGGACCGUUCAUGGAGAGCUAUGCAGGCACUUGCCCUUCCUUCUGAAUCCCACUAAUCCCGAUUUCCUAAUCGUCAACAAAUUCAUGAGGUACUCCGCGAUAUUCUUCGACCUGAUUGUGAAGAGCAUGGCCCAGCAUUUGCUGGCCACCGGGAAGAUUCGAAUGCUGCGCAACGAGCGUUUUCCCAAGGAGUACGCUGAUCGGGUGGAGCAGUUGAUGAAGGCAUUAAUGCCCUACAUAACCACUCGGUUUGAGGAUUUAGCCGAAGAAACGCUUAUACUGAAUCGUUCUUUGGCCAAGUUCGUGCGCCAGUGCCUGAGUUACAUGGACAGGGGAUUCGUUUUCCGCCUAAUCCGCCUUUACAUAGGAGAGUUUUCUCCUGGCAAUCCUCGGAUACUUCAUGAAUACAAGUUCAACUUUCUGCAAGAGAUCUGCCAGCAUGAGCACUAUGUGCCUCUCAACCUGCCAUUUGUCUUGAAUCCCAAGAACAGGCCACCCGAGAUGAUGCAGCACUUCACUCUCUCCGAGCAGUUCUGCAGGCAGCACUUUCUGUCGGGUUUGCUACUCCAGGAACUGAAGAGUAGUCUCAAUGAAGUGGGCCAUGUAAGGCGACAUGCUCUGGGAAUCUUUAAGGAUCUCCUGGCCAAACACGAGUUGGAUAAUCGGUAUCAGCAGAGGGGUCAGCUCUCAAGGAUUGCCUUACUGUAUGUUCCAUGGUUAAGCGUUGUGAUGGACAACAUUCAUCGGAUCGAUGAUUUGUCGGAGUCUGGAGCUUGUACUCCAAAUGGACAUGUUUAUGCGGACUCUGCUUCCUAUACCAAGCGCUUGAGUUGCUCCAGUAGCUAUGUGUUCAGCAAGGACUCCUCCACCUUUGGCUCCUUGACCUCAACACCCCGUUCGAAAAAUCGGCUGACCCUGCACUGUGAUCAACCUAGCCCAUACCGCACUUCGGUUCACAUGAAGGAGCACAACUAUCUGGCCGCCAUCGCUGGACAACCCAUUAGCAAUGGCAUCUCUAAUCUCUCACUGAAUUCUAAUACGGACUCUGGGCACUCUCAGGACACCACCACAAUAGGAGCCUAUACCAAUGGAGACACGGAUGUGGCCCUUCGAAAUGGACACAAUCGCUCGGUGAGCGUUACCCAUGCACAGAUCCUUUCCCGUUGCGAUAAGUUCAGUUCGGUGGAGAGCAAGGAUCUCCUAUUGGGCUUCCUGUUCAUCAUCAAGCACCUCUCCCAGGACCAAAUGGUGGGCUGGUGGCAAAACUGUAAUGAAUCCGAGACUCUGCAGUUCCUCUCCAUUCUGGAUCUCUGCCUCCUGCAGUUCCGCUAUGUGGGCAAGAAAAGUGUGGUGAUAACACCAGAUACUCGCCAUGGACGUUCGGCCAAGGCCAACACUCUUCCAGCAAGGACACAACCACCCACUGGGUUAGAAAGUGGCAACCAGGAACACCAGCCAAACAGUGGAACACUGAACCAAACCAGGGAGCAUCUGCUGGAGGAUAUGGACACUCUGGCUAGGAGUCAACUGGCUCUUUAUGAAUCCAAUUUGGCCACAGAAGUCGGCAUGAUCAUAUUGGACUGCUUAGGAAUGUAUGUCCUGCAGUUCAGACAACUCCUGGCAGAUAGCUUAAUCCUGCCCAAGCUGGCUAGAGUUUAUCUGAGGUUCCUGCAGUUGGGUCAAUCGGAAAGGCUCUCCAAGCACGUCUUUGCAGCGCUCAGAGCUUUCAUUAACAACUAUGCAGUGGCCUUGUUCAAGGGCAACGCCAUGUUGUGUGGUCAGAUGGUCUAUGAGCUCCUCAAAGCCUGCGAUAGUCGCCUGGUGGAGAUUCGCCACGAAUCCUGUGCUGUCUUAUACCUCCUCAUGCGCAGUAAUUUUGAGUUCAGUGGCAGGAAAGCACUAACCCGGGUGCACUUGCAAGUUAUUAUCUCAGUAUCGCAGAUGAUUGGCAACGUCAUUGGACUGAACAAUGCCAGAUUCCAGGAGAGCUUGUCCAUCAUCAAUAGCUAUGCGAAUAGCGACAAGGCCAUGAAGGGCACAGGUUUCCCCAUGGAGGUCAAGGACUUAACGCGCCGGGUGCGCACUGUCCUAAUGGCCACUGCCCAGAUGCAGGCUCAUCAUAUGGACCCUGAAAGGCUGCUGGAACUACAGUACUCUCUGGCCAACUCAUAUGCCUCCACGCCAGAGCUGCGACACACUUGGCUGGUAACGAUGGCCAGGAACCAUGAGCAGAACGGAAAUCUAUCAGAGGCUGCCUGCUGUCAUCUUCAUAUAGCUGCUUUGAUGUGCGAAUAUCUGCGAUUACGAGGAGGCUGCACUCUCAGUUGGUCCUCCACGGCUUUCGGGAAGAUAUCCAGGAAUAUACCUUUAGAUGAGCAGGGUCUUAAGCUAGAUGCCGGUGCCCAGGAUUCCCAGUAUACGGAACAAAUGCUUCUGGAGCAGCUGAAGCAGUGUGCGGAUUUCUUGGACCGCGCUGAAAGAUUCGAGUGCCUGGGAGAGCUCUACAAACUGAUCCUUCCGAUGUACGAAAGGGAUCGCAGCUUCCUGGAUCUGGCCCACUGCUAUGAGCAUCUGACUCAGGCCUACAACAAAAUCGUAGAGGUGAAUCGUUCAGGAAAGAGAAUGUUGGGUCGCUUUUACAGGGUCGUCUUUUAUGGAAUGAUAUACUUCGAAGAGGAUCAUGCCAUCGAGUACGUGUACAAGGAGCCCAAGCUAACUUCGCUGAGCGAAAUCUCUGAGCGACUGGCCAAGCAGUACAAGGAGAAGUUUGGAGCAGAUGUGGUUAAGAUGAUCAUGGACUCGUCACCGGUUAAGGUGGACGAAUUGGAUGCCAAACUUGCCUAUAUACAGGUCACCCAUGUAAUUCCAUUCUUCUCCAAGGACGAACUCGACCAGCGGCUCAAUGAAUUCGAGCAGAAUCACGAUGUUGACACAUUCAUGUACGAAACGCCGUUCACCAAAUCGGGGGCAGCCCGUGGCAGUGUAGAAGAGCAAUGGAAACGCAAAACGGUUAUAAAAACACAAUAUUCUUUCCCCUAUGUUCUCAAACGUAUACCUGUAAAAUCGCGAGAAAUCAUCGAGCUGAGUCCCAUAGAGGUGGCCAUCGAUGAAAUGCAAUCCAAGGUUUCAGAGCUGGAGGAGAUCAUACUCCCACCAGCCGAUGUCAAGAAGUUGCAGCUGCGUCUGCAGGGAAGUGUGGCUGUGACGGUGAAUGCCGGUCCCCUGGCCUACGCCCAUGCAUUCCUCGAUGCUAAGGUGGUCAAUAACUUUUCAUUGGAUCGCGUUGGAGAUCUUAAGGAUGUCUUUCGUGACUUCAUUGUGGUCUGUCAGAAGGCCCUGUUCCUCAACGAGCGGAUCAUCAGUGCAGACCAGAAGGAGUACCAUCAUGUGCUGAAGGAGAACUACGAGAAGCUAUGCCAGGCGCUCAGUGAGUUGCUCGACGACGAGUCCUUCCAGCCGCUUGGCGACGACGCCGACAGCAUAAACCAGCGCAACAGCAUGGCUUUGUUCAAUGCGAUCAGUGGCGCCUCCCAUAACUCAAGUACUGCUUAAGUCCAACAAAAUCAUAAAAAAAAGAUACCAAAAUUCAGAAACUCAGUCACCCACACGCACAGCUAACCAGAAAACCAAACGAAUCUUGAAGUAUACAAAUAACACUAGCCUACAACGUAGGCGUAGAGAACGUAAUGCGUUAGCGUAACCACAACGUAGUCGUAACAUAGACUCUAUUGGUGUUCCUUUGUUUGAUGUUGUCGUUGAAUUUGAAUUCGAAAUUGUCUUGCGGCAGGUAAAGCUCGGCUUUGGGGCUUAACGGUUUGAGUCUAGGCUGAGGGAAUGUGCAUGUGACUAACACCAAGAAAACAACCAAAAAGAAAACCCCAUUUUCGGUGGCUAUUAAUCCGACCCAAAAACUAACCGUAAGCGCUUUAUGACAAAAUUCGGCUAAACUAACUAUACUGCUCUGUAACCCUUACCAAAGCUUCUUCGAUUCUGUAUUAACCAGUUUGAAAUUCUCCCUUUUUAGGACCGUAUUUUGUUGAGCAAAAUACCAGCAACAACACCCACCACCACCACCACCACAGUCCCACAUAAACACACAGAACUCCAACUCCACACAACAUUCAUAACCGAUAACCGAUAUCCGAACUAUAUAUUCUGUGCUAAACGACCAGUACCAUAAGUUCCAGUUAACCGAAAUCACUCGUUAAUUUCUAUGACUAAGCUUAAGUGACUAAGUUUUAAAUUGCUUAUUGAUUGUUGUUAGAUUUUUAUGUUGAACGAUUCGAUUAAUUUGUAUUUCACUCUUAAAAUUUAUUAUAUUUGUAUAUUAUUUCUCUUAGCAUGCCUGAAGAACACUGAUGAAGCCCGAAAUUAUUUUGUAAUUUAGUUUUAAGCUUGUAUAUUAUUAUUUGUUUGAUUUAAUUUGAUUUUGAUUUUAGCUAGCUAACAGCUAAAGAGACACUCUAUCAACCCUGUACCAGUUACUUUAUUAGAUAAAAUCUGCAAACUUUGUGUCUUUUUCAAAAGCUCUAAACUCUAAAUGGAAAAGAAUCGUUUGAUAAUUGAAUUAUUCCUAAACGUAAAUGAAAUUAGUUUUAGUGUUAACAAACUAGACAAUUAAGUUCCCGCAAGCAACAGAACUUACCAAAGUAUUCAGAUAAAGGAAAUACCUAUAAACAGAUCGAUCUAUGGAUAUAUAUUUACAUACAUGCAUUUUCUAGUGAAAUCGUAUAAUGAACUAAAUACAAAUAUACCUAUGCAUUAAAUGUUUAAAA